UUUAUCAGAGUUCAACAGGAAGUCGGAAGAGUAACGGGAAGACCCGUAUGUAUGACGUAGUUUGCAUCAAUUCCAAGAAUUCAGUAGUUUGGCUCAGUAGAAUGGCGUCUGUUAAUUUGUCUCCUGAGCUCAAGUACUGGCUAUUUAACAUGCUUUUUAUUCUGUAUGUGCUUCAAGUCAUGGUCCCUCUGGGGUCUUGUGAACUCGUUCCAGCGAAGUUCGACCCUGUGACCAAAAAAGUGUAUUACAAUCCUCAAGCACAGUCACAAGAGAGCGGUGCCGGCACUAACCAAGGCUUAGUGAUGACUGUGGAACAAGACGUCAAGGUGGAGGCUACGAGCCGAGUGAGCAAAUCGAAGAACUUUGGAGUUAACUUGGGGUUAGGAGACGCCCCUUUGAUAGGACUGAAUUAUCAAAAGGCUAAAAUCAGGGAAACCAGACAGGAAAGCCAUCAUCAAGUGAACAUAGCAAUUAAAAUCCCAGGAGAAUGUGGCGAGGGCUGCAGGCAACAGGCAAACAAAGCUUUCGAUAUUGCAAACAAUGCACUUUAUGGUGGAUCAAAACAGAAGCAAGUCAACUGACCACAGCCAGAGGCAUGCAACGAAGAUCCAGGGACCAUGCAUGUUUAAUAAUAAAGACUUAGAAAAGAAAGCAGUUCUUGCAUUAGACUUAGCAUUAGCCUGUGAGCAAUCACUGGACACUCGCACGAGCAAGUCACGGAACAUUUAAGCCUCGGGCGUGAACCUACUUUGCUUGCGAUUCUCGGAGAGCUUGCUCGAAUCGAAAUAGUUUGCAUAAUUUAGCAGUUUACUUGGUUGUUGUGGGUAAAUAAAUGCUUCUGCUCGAUUUUAUACCUCUGGACAACUACAUAUCAUAUAUCAUAAAAUGAUGACAAAUUGAUAUAUGACUUGAGAAACCGG